AUGGCCCGCCAAGAUCGCAAGUAUCGCCAACGCCUCGUCCGCCAUCCCGCCGCCCGGAUCCCUCAAAAAGCCCAUCAACGGGCCCACGACCCCGGCCCUGACGGCCCGCGCCUUGUUCCCACCAUAUAUGCAAAGGUUGAAUAUAGCCGUGGCCGCGUCUUUUCUCCCCCUCGGAGUCCCCGUCCGGAGGAGGUCGACGAGAGCGGCCACGGCCCCGGCGGCCCCUAUGGCCACCUUGUUCUCGUCGGCGGCCGAGAGGCUGAAGAGGGCGGCGGCGGCGUUCUCGCGGGCCUCCGGGCUACCGGAGCGGAGGACGGCGACAAUAUCCGGGAUGGCGCCGGAGUUGACGAUUGCGCCCUUGUUGGCGUCGUUGAUGGAGAGGUUGAGGAGGGCGGUGACGGCGUGUUCUUGGGCGCGGGGGUCGGGGGAGGAGAGGAGGUCGGCGAGGAGGGGGAUGGCGCCGGCGGAGGCGAGGCGGAUGCGUUCCAUGAUUAUUCGUUCAAAACUAUUUUUGCCUAA